CCGACAAACCAUUAUCAUUGCCGCCUGUGCACCAUUUGUGUUCUUUUCCUUGAACAGCCGGGCGAAGAUGGCAAAGAAGAGGAAGGCUUCAGGCAGGCCUGCGGGCUCCUCUGGGCCGAGAGAGGUCAAUGAUGCCGACGCAAAAUUAAGAGUGAAUACCUAUGAGGAUGUGGCGGACUCCGAAGAUGAUUUCCACAUGGGUCGUGACAAAAUUCUGUUGGAGGAGGGACCGAAUGAGAAGCGCAGAAGGAAGUUGCAGGAAGAAGAAAAAUUCCUUCAGCCCUCCGACGAAGAAGUUCUCAACUAUGGUUCCAGCGAGUCCGAACCCGAGGAUGACCAGGACGAUUACGAUGAGGAUGAGGGCGACGACGUGGAUAUUGCCAAUCAGGAGGCACGCCCAUCAAAGCGCGCCCGGCGAGGCUCUGAUUCAGAAGGUUCUGAACGGGCGCAGGGCGACGAGGAUAUCGAUGUCGGCGAUUGGGGCACAUCAAAAAAGGACUACUACGAUGCCGACGUCAUUGAUACUGAGGCUGCGGCGAUCGAGGAAGAAAAAGAAGCUCGUCGACUCCAACAAAAACGGCUGGAAGCCAUGAAUGAGGCGGAUUUUGGUUUCGACGAGAGCGAAUGGUUGGAAGCCGGAAAAGAGGACGGUGCCCAAGCGGGAGAGGAAGAGGACGACGAUAAGGAUGUUGUUACGGAAGUUCUUCCUCGCCUCGAACUUACCGGUGACAUGUCUAUUGAGGAGCGCACGAACGUCCUCAAGUCGAGAUACCCCGAAUUCGAACCGUUAACAAAAGAGUUUCUUGAGCUUCACCCUCUUCAUAAUGAUCUGGCUUUAAUGGCCGGUGCGGCAGAAACUAUUAUUGAGCAUGACACUUCGCCGAAGCGACCUUCCAAGCCCACCAAGACCCCAGCUGCCAUUAUCAAAUAUCAAGCCCUGACGGCAUAUCUCGGUGCGCUCUCCAUGUACUUUGCGCUCCUCACGUCCACUUCGAGGGACGACAAAGGCGUGGUAUUGGCCAUGUCUGCGGAAGAGCUUCGAGACCACGCCAUCAUGGAUACGCUAGUCCGGUGUCGGGAAGUCUGGAACAAGGUCAAGGACCUACAUAUUCCCGAUCCUGCUAAGCUCAUCUCCCACGAAGAGGGUAUCUCCGAAGAAGAACUUCCGGAGGAGAUCGAUGAGUCCUUCGCUGUGCGUGUCAACGGCAAGGUCAAGUCUGCCGAUAAGACGAAGAAAAAGAAGAAGACCAAGGCUCAGCGUGCGGCUGAGGCUGCGCAAGCAGAAUCCGAGGCUCGCCGUGCUGAGCGCAUGCGAAAGGCCGAGGCUGAUCUUGCUGACCUUGACGCCCUCGCUGAUCCCAAGGCACGGAAGCGUCGUGCUGCGGCCGCGGCGGCCCAGGCAGAGGAGCGCAAGGCCGCCGAAGACGGUGAAGGCUCAGACUUUGGUGACGAGACGCUGACAGCAGAAGAAGCCGCGGAGAAAGCUAAGCGCAAGAAGGACCUCCGGUUCUACACCUCUCAAAUCGCUCAGAAAGCCAACAGACGUGGUGCUGCUACGCGCGAUGCUGGAGGAGAUGCUGAUCUUCCUUACCGGGAACGACUCAAGGACCGCCAGACUCGUCUUAACGCCGAGGCUGAGAAGCGUGGCAAGAAGCGUCAAGAGAUUGGGGCUGAUCUUGGCGGAGACAGUGAUGAGGAAGAUCGCAGAGCUGCUAGAGAGCUUCGAGCAGAUGCCGCAGGCGUCAAAGUCGGCGCUGAUGAGACCGAUGACGAUGAGUACUAUGAUAUGGUCGCAUCUCGGUCCAAGCAGCGCAAAGAUGAUAAGAAGAGGCGUGCUGAAGCUUAUGCUGAGGCCCAGAGAGAAGGUGGCAGAGUCAUUGAGACAGAAGGGGAGAUUGGCCCUGAUGGCAAACGAGCUAUUGGCUAUGUCAUUGAGAAGAACAAAGGUCUCGCACCCAAGAGAAAGAAGGAUGUGCGGAACCCUAGAGUUAAAAAGCGGAAGAAGUUUGAAGACAAGAAGAAGAAGCUCAACAGUAUCAGGCAAGUGUAUAAAGGAGGUCAAGGCGGCGCAUACGGUGGUGAGGCCACUGGUAUCAAAAAGGGACUGGUCAAAAGUGUCAAAUUGUAGAUAUUCUUGUUAUCUUAGCGUUCAUGGGACAGUAUACAGCUUUGCUGUUGGUAAUCAAUUUUUCUUUCCCCCUCAUCGAAUCCUCAUACAUUCAUUAAGCUUAUGGCGCGUGAUCUCAAGAGUCAACUUCCGGUAACAAUGCUCUCUAGCAUGACCCUGACAGUCUGACAUUCUUCUGUAGCCGGGUCCGGAAGGUCUAGCUCGAGAAACAUCCGAGCUAUUUCGUCCUGUGACCGACUUUGGGUUACGCUUUCAUAUGCAAAGGACGAAUUGAAUGGAACUUACAGCAGCCUCAACUUCCAACUCCUCUUGCUCUGUAAGGCCUGUGCAGGCCAAGACAAGGUCGUCGCCGCGUGCCGCCAGUCUGAUGAAUUCUUCUGCUCGCUCAAUGACGGCCAUAUCUAUGCCGUUCAUCGCAGCACAGCUGGUAAUGUUAGUGGGCAGGC